ACGUAAGCCGGCUAACCACUUCCUGCACCGCCCCCGGAAGGUGUUCUGAGACAGCGCGAGUUGCCGGCUCGAAGCAGGAGGACUGACAUAGUGCUGUUGUAGUGAUUGCAGGAAGCCAUCAUGAGCUCUGGUUUAAGUUUGGAGAAGACCGCGUCUUUCAGGAAAAAGCUGAAGUCUGAACCUCGGUUCCAGCUGGCCCAGAAUGUGGCGACGUGCGCUGACCCCUUGGAAGUCUGUCUGCAAAGGCAGACCGUGCAGGAGAGCGUCCAUGUUUUCCAACACACCAUCCCUGCGGAGGGCAAACCGGUCACCAACCAGAAGAAUUCAGGGAGGUGCUGGAUAUUUUCGUGUCUCAAUGUGAUGCGACUUCCUUUUAUGAAGAAAUUUAACAUUGAGGAAUUUGAGUUCAGCCAGUCCUACCUGUUCUUCUGGGAUAAGGUAGAACGCUGUAAUUAUUUCCUUAAUGCCUUCAUUGAGACCGCGCAGCUGAACGAGCCCAUAGAUGGGAGGCUAAUGCAGUUCCUGCUCUCCAACCCCUGCAACGAUGGAGGCCAGUGGGAUAUGCUGGUCAAUCUCAUUGAGAAAUAUGGUGUAGUCCCUAAGAAAUCUUUCCCCGAAUCUCACACUUCAGAGGCCACCCGGAGAAUGAAUGACAUUCUGAACCACAAGAUGAGAGAAUACUGCUUGCGCUUGAGAAACAUGGUGUCCAGCGGCAGCACCAAGGAGGAGCUCUUGACAGCUGUGGAUACAAUGAUUGAGGAGGUUUAUCGCGUGGUUAGUAUCUGCUUGGGAAGCCCCCCAGACACCUUUUCAUGGGAGUUCCGGGACAAAGAGAAAAACUUUCACAAGAUUGGACCGGUAACACCGCAAGAGUUUUACCGGGAGCACGUCAAACCCGUCUACAAUGUGGAGGACAAGAUAUGCCUUGUGAAUGAUCCCAGGCCACAGAAUGAUUUUUCCAAGCUGUAUACCGUUCAGUUCCUGGGAAAUAUGGUGGAGGGUCGGAAGACUAUGUACAAUAACCAGCCUAUUGAGAUCUUAAAAAAGAUGGCCGCCUUGUCUAUUAAAGAUGGCGAGGCUGUGUGGUUUGGCUGUGAUGUUGGGAAACACUUUCAUGGAAAGUUAGGAAUCAAUGACAUGAACAUAUUUGACCACGAGCUGGUGUUUGGUGUGUCUGUUAAGAAUAUGAACAAGGCUGAGAGGCUCAUUUUUGGGGACUCGUUGAUGACGCACGCCAUGGCCCUAACUGCGGUUACUGAGAAGGAUGGUCAAGACGGAGAAUAUGAAAAGUGGAGAGUGGAAAACUCAUGGGGAGAUGAUCGAGGGAAUAAAGGGUACCUUAUCAUGACUGAUGACUGGUUCUCUGAAUAUGUCUAUGAAGUGGUGGUGGAUAAGAAGCAUGUUCCUGAAAAUGUGCUGGAAGUUCUGAAGCAGGAGCCUGUCGUACUACCAGCCUGGGACCCCAUGGGGGCUUUAGCUUAGUAGACAAAAGACACGGUUCUUUCCUAUUGACCCUCUUCACCUUCCAGGCUAAAUUCUCUUCCCAUCUCAGAAACACAGAAAACCUGCAUGUUUUUACUUGAAAAUGGGAAUGGGAUGGAGAGGUUCCACUGCACCUCAAACCUACUAUUUGAGAGGACUGUAGCUUCAUCUGGCUCAUCACUUCCUGACGAGGAUGUUCUUUUAUCCCACAUCCUGUUGUUAAAACCGCCUUCCCACCAUUUUAAGACUUUAGAACAUAAUGUCCUUUUUUGAUAUGUUUGUCAUUUGUAAGAAAAUUGUAUUGAUAUGUAAAAAAAAAAAUGAAAAGUUAAGUGACGCAUCCACAAAUAUAAUUUGCUAUUUUCUAUCCAGCCUACAAACUAUGUGGGGCAGAAUGAGAGAAGGGGAUUUUAGUCCGCCAAGAUUCAACAGAGCCAUUGCUGUAGUGAUGUUGAUUGUUACACACCAUUCUUCCGUGGUGAUGUCAUGUUUUCAUUGAUUCAUGCUCACAUAGUAUUGUUUGGCUGAUUAGGCUGUAGUAAUUUUACCUUUUAAAUUUGUUUUCAAGUCUUUUAAAAAAAAAAGGGUAAUUUGCAAUUUUUUCCAUUUCCUGUAAUAAAACAAUCAUCAGUA